AUGGAGGAAAGUACUGUUCAUGAAGAUGAAGAAGCGAAGAUGGAGAAGUUCUUCGCAUUGGUUAAAAGCACCCGAGAAGUGCGGGAGCAGCUGGCCGGUACGUCGGAGAAGAAAGAAAGAGCUACCACCGCAGAUAAACCUCAAUCGACGCCGUGGAAUCCGACAUUCGUGCUUGAAGAUUUCGUGGAGGCGCCGGCGCCGGUGGUGGAGAAGGAAGGCACUUCUAAGGAGGGAGAGAAAUGA